AUCACGGAUGAUAGACCUGUUCUAACAUCUUUGUCGCGAUAGACGUUCGAUGGUCUUGGAUCAUUAGCGCCAAUUGACGAGUCAAAACAGUCGAUAGGUGACCUUGCGUAACCUACGAAGACACGUGUUUCUUGAAAUUACAAACAGUUGUAUGCUUUCGAACACAAUCUGCGUUAUUCUGACAUCUCGCGAGUGCUAAAUUGUAAACAGCGCGUCUUUCAGCACGGAGCUCGUAAUUUCGUUUAUAUCGAUUGAAACUCGAUCACACUACAACAUUGCAGACUUUCCGGCUAUAUUGCGGUUUUUCAUCGUCGAAAAAUUCGAGUACGUAAAAAUAAAAAAAAUUUUAAAAGAUAUAAGUGGUAACUGUGAUGUGCGACAAUUGUGUUGUGACGAUCGCGGAUUGUAACGCUGCGCAAAUAUUCGAAGAACAAUAAAAAAUGUGAUAUUGACUCUUUGAAUAGGAUUUAUAAUUGCAAUCUAAUUUCAAUUAAAUUAUAAUUAUAAUCUCUUACUUGGCAGCGAAGGUAUAAACGUGAACCAGUUGUUCGUAGUGCGGGAACGAAAACGAGGAACGUUUAUUUUGUCAAAUAAACGUAUCCACACUUUUAUCAGCACGAAUCCUUUCUAUGCUGCCUUGGAAUUUAGUUAGAAAAGCUAAGGAUGCAUAAAUGACUCUUAUCCCAUCUGCUUCGUGUUAGUUUUCCUUUAUUGUCUCACAAAAAUUCUGCAAGAAGAUUAUAUCGUCGCAAGUGAGUGACCCAUUAACAAUCAACAGAAGAACAUUUAUCGAGGUGCCUGACGCGUUUCUUUGUUUGCGUGUGCGAUACCGAAUGAUAUCAGAAUGUGCAUACGCGUGAAGGUAUUGUCAUGAUGAACCGAACUAGCGUGUGACAUCCUCACGAAGAUUCCGAGCAUGGGGACGUCAAGCCAGGACGGGGACAUCGAAAACGACACGCUCGAUUUCUGGCGGGACUGGGAUCUAAGUGAGUUGACCGAGGAUGAGUACCUAAGCAAGGUGCUGGGACCCAAGUAUCUGACCCUCAAACUAGUAAUACCGCUCACGAUCACGUACGUGGUGAUCUUCAUCACCGGAAUUUUCGGCAAUGUCGCCACGUGCACGGUCAUCGUCCGAAACUCAUCCAUGCAGACCGCCACCAACUACUACCUCUUUAGUCUAGCCAUAUCCGACCUCACUCUACUUUUAUUAGGUCUCCCUAAUGAACUAAGUGUGUUCUGGCAGCAGUAUCCGUGGGUCCUUGGCACAGGAUUAUGUAAAAUCCGGGCAUAUGUGUCAGAAAUGUCAUCCUACGUAUCGGUUCUCACAAUUGUGGCUUUCUCUAUGGAAAGGUAUUUGGCCAUCUGUCAUCCAUUGCACCUCUAUUCGAUGAGUGGUCUCAAAAGACCGACACGUUUUAUCCUUGCAGUCUGGUCGAUUGCAAUUGUUUCGGCCAUACCGUUUGCAAUUUAUACCAAGGUCAAUUUCGUCGAAUAUCCGCCAGGAUCAGGAAAUUAUUCAGCUGAUUCAGCGAUUUGCGCGAUGCUUCUGCCUGACAUGCCUAAAUUCCCCCUUUAUGAGCUCAGUUGCAUCGUAUUCUUUUUGAUACCGAUGCUCAUAAUUCUUGUAGUAUAUGCGAGAAUGGGAUUGAAAAUUAAAAGGAGUACCACGGAAGUACUUGGCCCGAUACAAGCCUCCGUUCAUGGCGAUCAUCGACAGAUUCAAUCCAGAAAGUCUGUCAUCAGGAUGUUAAGUGCGGUUGUUAUCAUGUUUUUCCUUUGCUGGGCCCCGUUUCACGCCCAGCGUUUGCUUUACAUCUACGCACAGGAUUCCGAUUAUUAUCCAGAUUUAAACGAAUGGCUUUACAUUUUGAGCGGCUGUCUAUAUUACUUCAGCACUACCGUUAAUCCGAUUCUUUAUAAUUUGAUGAGCAUCAAAUACCGCCAUGCAUUCAAACGAACAAUAGGCUGCAGAACGAGAAAAUCGGCGAACAAAAUUUUGAAGGUUAAGAAAUCUCAUCCGCACAGAUGCGAUUCUUUGAACGAACCUCAUGAUCGAAAUAUAUGCUCUGUUAGGCAUACGAUUGUUCAAGUCAAAAACAUAUUUUGUUUUACGUCGAGUCGACAAGAAAAUAUCAAGGAUAGUAGCAGAAAUAAUGGAAAUGCAAGCAAUUUUCCUCAAAAUGCUUACUCGUUACAAAAGGAGGAUUCAUCCUCGACGUUUCUCUUUGAACGAGGGCAUCUCCUCGCUCAUCAGCAGCCUAGCAUCGAAAGCACAACGUCUACGAAAAGAUCGGAAGAGAGUGUUUCCGUAUAAGCUAAAAGCAAUCUGUGAUCUAUUUUCAUUCGUUUUUAUUUAGAUAUACAGUUAUAAUGCGCGUCGCUGUAAAUAAAACUAGACAUAUCCGAAUGAUUGAUUAUAAGUGCGUCUGAAAGGUUUUACCAUAUUGUAAAUAAGUAGAUAGAUAGUCUGAAUUAUUUUUUAUUGAUUAUAAUAACG